CAAUUUAGGUAUCUUCGGCAGCGGCUCAACUCUUAACUCAUUCAUUAACCUGCCGUGGAGAUACAUUAGUCAAUGAGGUUGCUGACACUCUGGUUACCACUAUACUUGCCCGAUUGCCUGAGGUCCAUUCUUGCGUGCAAACAUAUACGGAUCUGCUGACAGCUUUGGUUGCUUUUGCUGCUCAUCAGCAAACUGUGGUGUGCGAUGUCAUGCUGAGGCAACCAUUGCCGUAUUCAGUGCAACUGCUGGACGCAUGGGAAUGUGUUUCGCGAGAACGUUCAUUGUUUACACCCAUCUUGGAUUAUCUUUUGGAACUAUUGACAGGCGCACUAGAACAGCCAUAUGACAUAAUGGACACUGGAGGAGGAAACUCGGUGAAGAUCGUGCACGUGGAGCCUUGCCAAUAUACGGCUGGCAUCACGGAAGUCAUCAAGGUCCGUUUUCAAAAAAGGGUUUAA